AUGUACGUACAUAUAUGAGAGAGAAACACACCGAUAGCCGCAAGAAUCACAAGAGUACAUCGCAAUUUUUACGUGCUUCAUCUCGAAUCUCUCUUACCUAAAUUUAUCAUCAGUUUCCCUUCCCUUCGUUCAUAAAAAUCCCUAAAUUGAUCAAUCAGUUUUUCUACUUUUGUUGCAGAAGGUUUUGAUUUUUUUGGAAUUUGUUUAGAUAAGGUGGAGGAACAGGUUAACUCGAAAGAUCUGACAGCCGAUCGACUCGUAAAAUUAGGUUUUCCUGUGCCGAAUGUGCGGAUUGAUCAAGCAUUUCUCGCCGAUCGACUUGAUUUUGCGGUUCCUGAGUUAAUCAGAGGCUUGAAGGUGCUGCUUAGGGGAAAUGAGCUGGAUAUAAUUUGCAUGGGUGACGAUGCCACAACUUCGUAGUGGAGCACGUAGAUCAAAACGGAUUGGAGAUAUUCAACCUGUUGAUCAAGCUGAAGACAUUGUUGCUCCCAUUCAAAACAGAACAAGAAGAAAAACUGGUGGUGGAAGAGGAAGAGGUGGAAAUGCUGCAGGUGUAGCAAAAGGGCCUUCAGCAGCAAUCCCUGUUGUGAGGCCAACUGGUAGAGGCAGAGGCAUUAGGUUAAUUGAUUUAGACCCUGAGCCACAUUGUGAGAUUCUUCCUAAUCAUAACAAAGCUGCUGCUGGUGUUGGUGUUGGUGUUAGAGCUGUAGAACCUGGUGUUGCAGAUAAAGAUAUGGAGGGUGGAAGUGCUGAUAAAAUAAUGGGAGUUGAAGAAGAAGGAAAUGCAACUCCUGUUCCUGAAAGAGUACAGGUGGGAAAUUCUCCUAUGUAUAAGACUGAAAGGAAGCUGGGAAAGGGUGGUUUUGGUCAGGUUUAUGUUGGUAGAAGGGUGACAGGUGGCAGUGGUAGAACAGGUCCAGAUGCAGUUGAAGUAGCAUUGAAGUUUGAGCAUCGUAAUAGUAAAGGUUGCAACUAUGGUCCUCCUUAUGAGUGGCAAGUGUACAGCACAUUGAAUGGAUGUUAUGGGAUUCCAUGGGUUCACUACAAGGGUCGGCAAGGUGACUUUUACAUUCUGGUCAUGGACAUGCUUGGACCAAGUCUUUGGGAUGUUUGGAAUUCUUUAGGCCAAUCAAUGUCACCAAGUAUGGCAGCUUGCAUUGCUGUUGAGGCAAUAUCAAUUCUUGAAAAGCUUCAUGCAAAGGGGUUUGUUCAUGGAGAUGUGAAACCUGAAAACUUUCUACUUGGUCAACCUGGAUCAGUUGAUGAAAAGAAGCUAUAUCUUAUCGAUCUUGGCUUGGCUUCGAAAUGGAAAGAUUCAUCAUCUAAUCAGCACGUUGAAUACGAUCAACGACCUGAUAUUUUCAGGGGAACAAUAAGAUACGCGAGUGUACAUGCACAUUUAGGUCGUACAGGUAGUAGAAGAGAUGACCUAGAGUCACUUGCAUACACAUUAAUAUUUCUCAUAAAAGGAAGGUUACCAUGGCAAGGAUACCAGGGAGACAACAAAAGUUUCCUUGUCUGCAAGAAGAAAAUGGCGACUUCACCUGAGCUCAUGUGCUGUUUUUGUCCUGCACCUUUCAAACAAUUCCUUGAAGCAGUUACAAUUAUGAAAUUUGAUGAGGAACCAAAUUAUGCUAAAAUGAUAUCUUUCUUUGACACUCUUAUCGAACCAGUUACAUCAUUAAGACCAAUCAGAAUUGAUGGGGCCCUCAAGGUGGGACAAAAGCGAGGUAGAUUGCUUAUAAAUUUAGAAGAAGAUGAACAACCAAAAAAGAAAGUAAGAUUAGGUAGUCCUGCUACACAAUGGAUAUCAGUUUACAAUGCACGUCGCCCCAUGAAACAAAGAUAUCAUUACAAUGUUGCGGAUACAAGGCUUCGUCAGCAUGUAGAAAAGGGAAAUGAAGAUGGUUUAUACAUAAGCUGUGUGGCUUCAGCUUCAAAUCUUUGGGCCCUAAUUAUGGAUGCAGGAACUGGUUUCUGUUCUCAAGUUUAUGAAUUAUCAUCCGUCUUUCUUCACAAGGAUUGGAUAAUGGAACAGUGGGAAAAGAAUUUUUAUAUCAGCUCCAUUGCUGGUGCUGCAAAUGGAAGCUCUUUGGUUGUUAUGUCUAAAGGGACACCUUACACACAGCAGUCGUAUAAAGUGAGCGAGUCGUUUCCAUUCAAGUGGAUAAGCAAAAAAUGGAAAGAAGGUUUUCACGUGACUUCCAUGACGACAGCUGGCAAUCGGUGGGGUGUUGUGAUGUCAAGAAACUCUGGAUACUCCGAACAGGUGGUGGAGCUUGAUUUUCUGUACCCGAGUGAAGGAAUACACAGGAGAUGGGAGAGUGGGUACAGGAUAACAUCUAUGGCUGCUACAGCAGAUCAAGCUGCUUUUAUACUCAGCAUUCCAAGACGCAAAAUGAUGGAUGAGACUCAAGAAACUUUAAGAACAUCUACAUUUCCAAGCACUCAUGUUAAGGAGAAAUGGUCAAAGAAUCUUUACAUUGCAUCAAUAUGUUAUGGGCGAACGGUUUGCUGAUUUUGAUGUUGGAAGUGGAAGUGCAGGUGAUUUUGGAAUUGAAAUGAAUAUUUUGUGGGUUGUUUUUGUUAUAUGAUGAAUGAGUAGGAAAGGACAAAGUGGAAAUGUAAAUCUGGGAAAUGGAAAGAGAACACGGAUAUUUUGAAAGGAAAAGAAAACAUAGAAGAAGCAAGAGAAAACAUAUGCGUUUUUUUAAACCCCAUCCGUAACAUAUGUGGUUUGUGGUAGAGUUAAGUAUUGUACUCCUUAAGAUUUAUGCAAAUGGGAAAAUCCAAAUCCCCCGGGUAUUUAUCA